AGGAAGCAGCUCUCAGCCAAUCCGCUUUUGCAAAGCGUCCUAAGCUGACGUCAGCCCGGUACCGAUGAACAACCGGUAGCGUCCAGGAGAGCCGUGUGGUAGCCCGGUGUGUGCAGCUUUGUCCCCCUGUCUAAACGUGCUUACAUCAUGCCUUUCGAUGUUAGGAGAUUCGAUAUCUACAGGAAAGUGCCAAAAGAUCUCACCCAGCCCACUUACACGGGAGCUUUCAUUUCCAUCCUCUGCUGUGUCUUCAUCCUCUUCCUGUUUCUGUCUGAGCUGACGGGCUUCAUAGCCACAGAAUUAGUAAAUGAACUGUAUGUGGAUGAUCCAGAUAAAGACAGUGGUGGGAAGAUAGAAGUGAGUUUAAACAUCAGUUUGCCAAACUUACACUGUGAUUUGGUGGGUUUGGACAUCCAGGAUGAGAUGGGCCGCCACGAGGUCGGUCACAUAGACAACUCCAUGAAGAUUCCUCUCAACCAGGGUGAUGGUUGUCGCUUUGAGGGAGAGUUCACCAUCAACAAAGUACCAGGAAACUUCCAUGUGUCAACGCACAGUGCCACAGCGCAGCCCCAAAGCCCAGACAUGACCCACAAUAUCCACAAGUUGGCGUUUGGAGAAAAGAUCCAGGUACAAAGAGUACAAGGGGCCUUCAAUGCGUUAGGAGGGGCUGACAGGCUGUCAUCUAAUCCUCUGGCCUCGCAUGACUACAUCCUGAAGAUCGUACCGACGGUGUAUGAAGACCUAUCAGGCAAACAGAGGUUCUCCUACCAGUACACGGUAGCCAACAAGGAGUACGUUGCUUACAGCCACACAGGCAGAAUCAUCCCGGCCAUCUGGUUCCGAUACGACCUGAGUCCAAUCACAGUCAAGUACACAGAGAGGAGACAGCCCGUCUACCGCUUCAUCACAACAAUCUGUGCCAUCGUCGGUGGGACGUUCACAGUCGCAGGAAUCAUCGACUCCUGUAUAUUUACCGCUUCAGAGGCCUGGAAGAAGAUCCAGAUAGGGAAAAUGUCAUGAGGACUGCUCCCCGCUCUCUGCCCUACAUCUUAUUUAUAAGUGCAAAGUUGCUAGCCUGUUAGCUAAAUCCAAUCCUGCUCUAAGCCACUUCCUUUGGGAGAUAGUUUCAAAGCAUCCAGUGGAGUGGCUCCAGCACUCGAUCUAACUACCAGGCUACACGGCUGCGUCUCAGUUCCUUAAGCUCCUCUCAGGCUCCAUCUGCUCUGGUGACGUGUGGAGGCUGACUAUCACAUGGCUGCUUCCUCUGUCUUCAGUGUCAAGAGAGGAGAGGAGAGGGAAGCUCUUUUGUUACUGUGGAGAUGAAGUACUGCGUGUCAGGGUUCAACCAGUAUUGGUAUUUGAAGUCUGUAACUGAAUUUAUUUUUAGAAUGAAGUAAUAAAAAAAAAAAAAAACUUUUUAUUUUUGGUGCACCAUGUGACACAAAUGUCAACAUAUAUUCAAUCAUAGGGAAGAUUUCAAGUUAUGGCUGAAUGAUUUACAGACAACAGACAUAACUUAGUGUUUAAAUGAAUUUAAGAGAAGUUCAACAGUAUCAGUGUUACUGUACUGUGUUUGUUUGUAUGACUCAUAAAGGGAAUUAAUAAGACUGGACUUAACUUUAAAGUGUUUCUGUGGGUCACACUGUCUAUAAAACUGCAUUUCUUUGAAUCAUGUGACGUUUUAUUCUCAGCCCAUCUUCUUGUAUCUCCAGUAUUCACUCUGUGUGCCUUUAGGUUUUCUCUUCCACCAUACAGGAUUAUCAUCCGCUCUCAUGUGUCUGUUUCAGGGGCUGUUGUUACAACUUUCUUUGUAGAUUCACUUUUUAAGAGAUUUUUUUUUAAAUACAGUGAUCAUUGUUUAUCUUUCAGUCAAUUUAUACCAAUAUUUCAUUAAUGCUGUUCAAUAUCAUAGUCUUGGCUUUUUCCUCUCCAUUUGAAUUGUUGCAAAAAUAUAGGGAAUGUCUUGUUCUUUUUAGGAGAACAAUAGAUUUAGAUAGUUGGUUGUUUUUUUUACACGGUACAUGAACUUAUUGAGUUUCUAUGAAGUUGUAAAUUGUAAAGAAGUUUGGUUUUGUAAGGAGAGAACUUGUAGGCCAAUGUGUUUUUGUCCUCUUUGGUCAUUUUUCUGUCUUUUAUACUGUUGUAUAAAAGACUCUGAUCCUGAACAGUGAUAAUCACAAGCCCUCAGAAACUGGUCUUUCUACUGCUAAGGUCAUCCAAAUCCUGUUCUGUCUUAAAUUACUCUGUAAUGCUAUGUGUUCCUCAAGUAAAGGUACCAUAGAAAUCACUUUUGUAUGCUUCAUGUGUUCAGGUUUCUAUAAGCUAGCUGCCAGCCAUUCGACAUGUUCUGCUUAGUUUUAUUUGGUUUUAUUUCCUCAGUUUUAAGGAUUUGGUUUACAGAUCUCUAAAGACAAUUAUUUCACAUCAAAGUUGUCUGCCUGAACCCUUUUUCACCUGAAACUAACAGUUUAACUGAAUUUAUCCAGGUACUCUUAUCAACAAUUAUUCAUAGAAACUGAAAAUUGAACCUUUGAACCUCU